AUGCCUGCUGAAGCAGUUGCCAAUAACCUCCAUCUGAAUCCUAUUCCUGAAGAAUUAUGCUGCUUAAACUCACUUGAACAACACCUCAUUUGUUUGCAUAUUCCAUUUAUGAAGAUGUUGGCUUUACCUAAAGGUGGUCAAAAUGGUGUCCAUGGACCUGUGGUUUGCGUUCCAUCUAGCAUCGAUAAAGCGAUAUCUGUUUUACCAAGAUGCGAGGUGGAUGAUCAAAUGAUUAGAGUAAAAUUAAAGAGAAAAUUGUCAUAUAAAGGCCAUUAUCAAUAUCAGUUUGUCAAUGAUUCUCAUAUUAAAACUGCUUUAGAAUAUCUGCAUGUCAACAAUAAGUGGUAUAAUAAUGUGCGUUUCAAUGAAACUUGGACAAAUCCGCUAGCAAGAAUUGAUGAAGAGGUGGAAGAAGUAUGUGAUGCAGAUGAUAGCUUAUCACCACUUGCCAAUUCAAAUUCUGAAUCACACGACAAUGAAGAUCAUGAGAAAGAGCGACAUGGAAUGUUUCAUGAUACAUGUUUGCAACCUGUUGACAUAGCACAGGAAGUUCUUGAUCAGCAUUUUGAUAACAUUGCUUGUGUUGCUCCUGCUGAGGGAAAUAGUCCAGUAAAAAUGUUGGAAGAUGAAGGCAAUGAAGCUAAAUCAUUUCCUGUAUUGUAUCCUUCAGGGUCACCAACUUUUCAUGAUAAGCGUGAGGAAAGGAUUACACUUGCACGAUAUCUACAUGGUCGUUUAAUGAAUGCAGAUGGUAGAUUUGCCAGAAAUACUGAUUUUAUAUUUUAUGCGCAGUAUUUAUCAGAGGUACAGCAGGUUAUUUCUAAUGUGUCGAUUGCAUUACGAAAAGGUUCUGGUAAAGCUUGUGACAAAAGUGUCACUGCAUCGACUUUGAUAGAUACACAGUCACUGAAAAAACUUCUGGAAUAUGAUGAAGGUUAUAAAUUUAUGAAACCCAUCCGAGGUACACCACCUUUUUGGCAGAGUGCACAGAAGGAUCUAUUUGCAAUGAUAAGACAAUUAGGCAUACCUACUUGGUUCUGCUCAUUUUCAUCAGCUGACAUGAGAUGGCCUGAAAUGAUUGAAAGUAUUCUCCGAGAAGAAGGUGAUAGUCGUUUUGCUGAAGAUCUUGAUUGGUCUGAAAAGUGUGCGCUAUUGAAGAAGAAUCCUGUAACAGCUGCCCGAAUGUUUGACCGUAGAUUUCAUUGUUUUUUGAAAAAGAUUAUUUUAUCACCUGCAGAGCCUAUUGGAAAGAUUAAAGAUUAUUUUCAUAGAGUUGAGUUUCAACAGCGUGGCUCACCUCAUACUCACUGUCUAUUUUGGGUUGAAGAUGCGCCUACUAUUGAUAAAGACCCUGAUGAACAGGUGACAGAGUUUGUAGAUAAAUAUGUAACCUGUGAAAUACCGUCUCAGGAACAUGAUGAAGAGCUAUAUGAAAUUGUGAAUAGUGUUCAGAAACACAGUACAAGGCAUUCUAAAAGUUGUAGAAAACAAGGUACUGAAUGUCGGUUCAAUUUUCCACGUCCACCUUCCAAAGGAACAUUCAUCUCUCGAGCUAAUGGUCUUAAUGGUAGCGAGGAUAAUGACAAGGAUAAUAUUGAAUCUGAGGACGUAGAUGAUAUUGAUAUAGAAAGUGAUGAACAUGAUGCAGCACCUUUGCCAAAGGAAAUGACUAAUGCUGAAGCAAAGUCAAUUUUGACCAAGAUUUGGAAUGCACUUUUACAUUCUGAAAUUGAGUUUUAUACAGUAGACGACUUGUUCAACAACAUUGGAAUAUCUCAAGAUGUUUUUGAAAGGGCUUAUAGUAAAUUGACAAAGAAAACCAGUGUAGUUUUGCAAAGACAACCCAAUGCUGUUUGGGUGAACCAGUAUAAUAAAGAUCUUCUGCAAUGCUGGAAUGCAAACAUUGACAUACAAUUCAUAGUUGAUGCUUACAGUUGUAUUGUUUACAUUAUCAGUUACAUCUCAAAAGCUGAAAGAGAAAUGGGAUUAUUAUUGGAUCAUGCACAGAGAGAAGCUUCAAAUGAAGGAAAUGUGGAUGCACAAUUAGCAAUGAAAAAGUUGGGAGGUGUAUAUCUUCACAACAGAGAGCUUGGUGCUCAGGAAGCUGUAUAUAGGGUGUGUAAUUUGAAGUUAAAAGAAGGAUCAAGAAAAGUUCAUUUUAUUCCGACUGGAGAAAAUCCAAUCAAAAUGAGUUUACCUUUAGAAGUUCUUCAAAAGAAAUGUAAAGGUGGCAACUUGAGUAAAGAUGAUAUUUGGAUGACAAGUAUGGUUGAUCGUUACAAAAACAGACCAAAAGAUCUUUAUUUUGAUAUCCUGUGUCUUGCAAGUUUUGUUUCUGAAUAUCGUAUUUUAUCGACAUCAGAGGCUUCAAAAAAAGGAAAAAAUGCUGUUCCUUUAGAAAAUGGUCUUGGCUACGUGAUGAAAAGAUCUCGAACAGAACCGGCAGUAGUGAGGUAUCCUCGAUUUUCUGUCUCAAAACAUCCAGAAAAACAUUAUCAAAGUAUUCUUCAACUUUUCCUGCCUUAUCGAGCUGACUUUCAGUUGAAACCAAGAACUUUUGAGUCAUUUGAAGAGUUCUAUGAAAAUGGUGCUGUGAAAGUCGGGGUCAAUAAAGUUGAAACUGUCAAAGCCAUUGUGAACAGAAACAGGGCAUUGUUUGAGAAAGAAGCUGAUGCAAUUGAGGAAGCAGAGAAAAUAAUGGAAAAACAUCCUUCCUUGGAAGAUGCAUGGGCUCAAAUUCACUCAGAAUCUGAGUUGCAAAGAUUAGAAUGUAAAGAAAAUGCACCACCAGAUUCUUUAUCGGAGAAUGGCGAUAUUGAUGAUUCAAUUCCUGAUUUGCUUCCAAAAUCUGAAAAUGGUAGUUCCUCUGAUGUAUAUCUGCAUUGUGGAAUAUCUAGAGAUGAUGCAAACAUAUUGAUGAGGUCCUUAAAUUACCAGCAGUUAGACAUAUUUUACACGGUCCGAGAAUGGUGCUUGAAUACAGUUAAUGGUGAAAGCAUAGACCCUUUUUACAUGUUUCUAACUGGUGGAGCAGGUACUGGUAAAUCUCAUUUAGUCAAGGCUAUAUACUAUGAAGCUUCACGAAUUCUUGCUCGUGCUCUACCAAAUCCAGAUGACAUAUCUGUUCUAUUGACAGCACCAACAGGUGUUGCCGCAUUCAAUAUAAAUGCAGGCACAAUACAUAGUACCUUUUCGAUAGCGAUUGAUGCAAAAUUACCAUAUCAACCACUUGGAGAAGAGAAAAUGAACACACUGCGUUCAAAAAUGGCUAGUCUUAAGAUUCUCAUUAUUGAUGAAAUUUCAAUGGUUGAUAAGAAGCUUCUUGGAUAUGUGCAUGGAAGAUUGAGGCAGAUAAAACAAACCCGUGACUAUUCACCAUUUGGUGGUGUUUCUGUGAUUGCUGUUGGUGACUUUUACCAGUUAGCACCUGUGAAAGGUAAAGCUUUGUAUGUUAACAGUGAAGGUGUUGAUCUUUGGAAUGAUUAUUUCUCCAUUGCUGAAUUAACUGAUGUGGUAAGGCAACAGAAUUUGGAAUUUGUAGCAACAUUAAAUAACAUUAGAACAAGAACAAGAGUAGAGGAAUUAGAACCAGAAUCUGUUAAAAUGCUUCAGGACUGUGAAACUGGUGAAGAUAGUGAUGGAAUUCAUAUUUUUGCCACUAAUAAACAGGUUGAUGAAUGCAAUGUCACAAAGCUGCACUUUAAAUGUAAUGACCCUGUAUGUAUUGAGGCAGAAGACUUUGGUAGAAAUCCUAAAACAAAAAAAAUGGAGAAACAGGAUGUGCAGUUUGCUAAAGUCUACAAUACAAAUUUACCGAAGUCAAUCACUUUGGCUAUAGGUGCUCGUGUGAUGUUAAUUAAAAACGUUGAUGUAUCAGAUGGUCUGGUAAAUGGUGUAUUUGGCACAGUAGCCCAUAUAUGCUUAACUCCUGGUGAAAACUUUCCUUCUGGUAUAUAUGUUGUGUUCGACAACGAGAAAAUUGGAAACAAUGUACGAAAACAAUCAGAAGAAUUUUCUUUAUUACCGAAGAACAGUACAUUGAUAAAACCCCAGGAAGAUAGAGUGAACAAUGGAGGCGGUAUUAGACGUCAAUUUCCCUUAAAACUUGCCUAUGCAUGCACAGUACACAAGGUGCAAGGAAUAACUGUGGAGAAAGCUGUAGUUACAUUGGACAAAAUGUUUGCAGGAGGACAAGCUUAUGUGGCAUUGAGCCGCGUGAAGACAGUAGAUGGACUAAUUAUCAGAGGAUUCAAGGAAUCUGUGAUAUAUUGCAAUGACAAGAUCAAAGACGCUGUUUCAACCAUGCCCAAGUUUAUCACCUUGUCAGAAAAAAAAUCAAAUAUAGAUUCGUCAUAUACCAUCAUGCUUCACAACAUAGAGGGUAUAUAUGCACACAUUGAAGAUUUGAAACAUAACAAAUUUUUAAAUGCAGACUUUAUUUGUUUGACAGAAACAUGGUUGUCAAAUACUGAUACACUUGAUAUAUUGCAACUACAUGAUUACAACUUUCAGCACAAGUCCAGAUCACUAUCUUAUAAUAAUUUCAAUGAGAACACAGCUGACUUGGCACAACAAGCUCAUGGUGGAGUAUGUGUGUAUUCCAGAACAGAAAACACUGUUGAAUUCCUGAAUCUGCCUGUGAGCAAUUUAGAAUAUCUGGCUUUUUAUGUGACUGAUGCAAGACUCGCUAUCGCUGUUGUGUACAGACCUUCAUCAUACAAAGCUGAUACAUUUAGGAAAAGUCUAUUGUGUUUGGUAACAGAACUGGAAAAAAUCCCUGGUGGUAACAUCAUUCUUGGUGAUUUUAAUGAAAAUCUCCUUCUGUGUUCUGGUGUGAGGAAGAUCAUGGAAGGAAGAGGAUACACACAAUAUGUAACACAAACAACUACAGAAAGUGGAACACUAUUAGACCAUGUUUAUGCAAAGUGGAAAGAAAUUAUUAGUGUGGAAGUUAUGCAGACAUAUUAUGGUUUUCAUGAGGCAGUUUGUGUUAAGUUAUGA